AACGGCCACAGAGUCCGGUACAGUGUGUUGACUGAGCGCGCGCCGAGCGCCUGCCAUGACAGCGUAAAGUUUCUGUGCUAACUUGUGCAACAUGUGGACUAUCUGGACCCUCAUCUGUGCCGGCCUCGUGUCGGCCCUAGCACAGAGCACGGAGAGCAGUGGGGACUUCGCCCCGGUGGUGACAGCGACAUGCAAGACCGACAUCAUGUCCAUACGGAUCAACUUCAGCCAGCCCUUCCACGGAGUCGCGCAUGCUAGGGAGUUUAGGAAUCCGGCAUGCAUGGCGCUGGGCAACGGCACGGAGUCUGUCAGCUUCGACAUCAGCCUUAUCGCCGCGCCCGGAUCACCCAACUACUGCGGGGUCUUCAGAAAUAAUCGAACGGACGAACGCCUGUUGCCUCUCGCCGUGCGCGUACACAAGACGCUCGAGUUGGCUGAUGACAAGAUCUUCGUCAUCACAUGCGGCAAGGCUGGCUUCAGGAAUGCGAGAAACGAAACAUCUCUGGUAUCACUCCGUCUGCUGAACUCGGAGGGACGGAAGGUGCUGAAUGCCGCCUUCGGCAUGCCCUACACUCUGCGAGCUGAAAUCACCAAACCUGAUGGAACUCACGGAAUCAGAAUGAGGAAUUGCUUCGCUUUCAACAUGCGCAACAACACCGUAGAGCUUUUGGAUAGCAGAGGAUGCCCGCUCCAGCAGCAGUCAGUCGCUAUCAAGAGCGAGAACAACGCCGCCGAGCUGGCCAUCGCCUCCAUGUUCCGCUUCCCCGACUCCUCGCAGGUCAACUUCCAGUGCGAAAUCGGAAUAUGUAAAGGCACGUGUCAGCCGAUCGACUGCACGACGGACGGUCGCACGGAGACGGCGGACGAGGAGGGCUCCGUCACCGCCUCCACCGGCAUAUUCGUGCUCGACCCCAACGACAGCGCUGUCGCAGCGCUAGCGUGCUCGGAGAGCGGCGUGCGGCCCCUCUGGCUGUUGUACCUGGCCAUCGCGCUGGGCGUCAUGUUCCUUGUAAUGCUGCUCAUCAACUGCUUCCUGUGUACCGCCAUGACCUGCUCCUGCGCUAGGACUGAUGUGAUUGAGAAGGACCCAUCAGUGGUGGAAGACUAUGACCCCUACCGUAGUUGGCACGGCAGUCAAUACGGCGGCAGGUACCCUUCCUCCACUAUACACUCUACGAGGUCAGUGUCGGACAACAGCGAUCACUACGCGAUAGUUCAAUCGCGACCGGGCAGUCGACACUCCGGCAUGCAUCGAAGUAGACAUUAAACUUAUUUCUCAGAUGAAAAUAUCUGGCCCCGGUGCUUGUGGAGUAUAUAAGUGAUAUGUAAAUAGAUACCUAGAUAUUAACUGUAGCUAGUUAAGUGAGGCCAAUGUGUAAACGAACCUUGCCUAACAAUUUUGAAAACUUAGCCGAAAACGAAAGAAUGACCGCUGACUUUUAUUACACAAUCGAUCAUUCAUUAAGAAUAUCGCGAUGAAGGAUAUUUGUAUAAUAGUAGAAUGGGUUUUUCCUAAAACAAAUAACCUAUACCGAGCGAAAAAAACAAUGCGAUACUUUGCAAACUUAAAAACAAAGGUAUGUUUCGUAGAAAAUAAUAAAUUAAUCAGGAACAGUCAGUAUUUCCAAUCGUACUGCACUUCUGUAAGUCUUAAAAGUUGUUAAUGUCAUAAUAAUUAAUUAUAAUAUUAACAACAUAUUGAUUACUACGUAUUAUAACCUCAGGCCAAAUAAAGAAGUAAAGACAGGGUUCUGUCAACCAAAAACCGAAGUUGGUCAAACUGCGCCUCGCUAUGUAUUUACACACACACAAACGAAACUAGCCUUACUUUGCAAGUGAUGUUUUAUCCGUGUGUGCGUAGCUAGGCGUAGUAGCGUAGUUAUGGCGCGUAGGUUUAAAAAAAAACAGUUUUGGUUUCACUUUUUUAGGCAAACCUCUGUCUUGACUCUUGACUAUUACCUAUACAC